AUGAGCAUCUCGCCUCGCCACCGCGCCAUCAGCCCGCCCACCCCCGCGCCAUCACCCCAACCAGACCUACACACCUCCAUACGCCUCGCCAACAAUGCAGCAGCAGCAGCUGCAGCCGCAGCCGCAGCCGGCUCGGUCACAUCCUCGGCGGCAGCAGUCAUCGCUCCUCACCCCCUCGUCGUAGACCCACACGACCCCUCCCAGCUGCUCAAGCACCUCUCGCUCGUGCUGCCACAGUACUCCCAAUCAGCACGCUUCAGACUCAUCUCGGAGCUCACUGAACUCUUUAGCCUACGCGAGCUAGCACACCUCUCCUCCGUCAUCCACCCAAGGCUCAAGGUCGACUUUCUCUCCGCCCUGCCCAUCGAGGUCAGCCUCAACAUCCUCAGCUUCAUCGACGAUCCAAAGACGCUCGCUCGCGCAAGCUGCGUCAGUCGCUUCUGGAGGAGCCUCGUCAACGACGAGCACACUUGGAAGGUCAUGUGUCUCAAGCACAAGUAUCGCAGGCGAGGAAGCAGCAACGCCGCCGCCGCCGCCACUGCCGCCACCUCCCACUCUCUCGAUGACCGUCUCAUCCGCUCCGUCGCUGCCACACCCUCCCACCUCGCACUCUCCACACCAAGACUACCCCCUUCGGCCUCGCUCGGCGCGCUGCUCGAGCAGCCUCAUCGUCCCAACCCCUCCUCCGACAUGGCCGACGACGAAGCCGACGAGCUCACCCACCACCACGACGACGAUGCUGCCGUUCUCGCCUCCCUCUACCAGCGCUACCGCGAUCGCGGCCUCGACCCCUCGAACGCGCUCCACGAGCUCCGCACCCUCCAUGACCUCUUCCUCAGCAAGCAGGACUCCGCUCACGGAUCCCUCGACGAUUCCAUGUCCGAAGCCGACCUCGCCUUUUACGCCCAGCUCGAAGAGAUCGUAGAAGAGGAGAGCCGCGCGCGCUACGGCGACGAUGCCGUCCCCGCAGACCACCACCACCGCAUUCUCGAAUCGCGUGCUGCCCCGGCCAUCGGCCCCACCGCCGCCCUUCCCAACGCGUUCGACAUCCUCUCCACACCCAUCGCAGAAACUUCAGCGCCCUCCACUUCGGCUCAUCUCGGCUGGCUCAGUGCGCGUCCUCCGACCGCCACCGCCGCACCUUCACAACCUUUGCGAGCCCUCGCCCCCACUCAGCCCUCUCCAUGCCUCUUGGCCACCACCUCGCACGCCGUCAGCAGCUCCAUCCGCACCGCAUCCGGCCAACUCGACCGUCUUCAGGGAUGGCAGCAGCCCAACCCCGCCCUCUUCACCACCCCCAACCAUGCUCGCGACGCCGACGCGCCCACAUCCAGCAGCCUCUCUCAAAGCGGUCCGGCUGACAACGACUCGGACGAGGCCAUGGACAUGGAUGAUCAGCACGAUCUCGGCUCUUCUGCGCACCACGACGACGCCGCUGCUGCUGCUGCCAAUGUAGGUCAGCCGCCCAACGCGCCCCUCCUCGCCUCGCUGCCCCACCACGACUCGCCCACCGGUCGCUUCUCCGCCUCGGCUUCCUCUCCCAGACCCGGCCCCACCGUCAGUUCGCUCGUACCGGGCCCACGCGAUGCCCGCCGAUCCAACCUCCUUCGUCCGGGCGCCAGCGCACCCACCGACGCCGCUUCGAGCCCAUCCACCCACCGCCUUCGCAACCUCAGAAGCGUCUCGGACGCAAGGUCCUCUCGCAGAGGCUCUGAACCCACCGAGGAGGAAACUACCGGUCUUGGCCUUGGCGCCUUAUCAUCAUCGUCCUCUCGCUCCCCUGUGCGCGAACGCUCUGCCGUCGCUGGCCCCUCGCGAUCGUCGCUCGCAUCGACAAGUGCCGUCCAUGCACAUCGCCAUCGCUCCGCAAAGGUGCCCUUCAGCUACCGCACCCACUUCAAGAUGGCCUACCUCACAGAAUCCAACUGGCGCAAGGGCGGUCGACUCCAGACCCAACACGUCUCGGCCGACGCAGGCCAUGUCGUUACCAGCCUUGCCAUAGACAGCGAGUGGAUCGUCGUCGGCAUGGCCAACUCCAAGAUCCACGUCUUUAGCGCAGAAACGGGACUCUACGCGCACACCCUGCUCGGCCACGACGCCGGCGUGUGGUGCCUCACCCUCAUCAGCCGCACGGGCAAAGGCUCCAAGCGCGCCGCCACCGACGUCAGCCUCUCCUCCGACCACGGCAAGGGCAAGAUGGUCGUCACUGAUCCCGAGGAUGGCAGUGGCGGCAAGCCGUACCAAGCGGCUGCCGACGGCGACUUGCGCCUCGUGCAUCACGACCCACGCCCCGAUGCCGCCGACGCGCUCCUCUCGCCGCCCGCCUCGUCCAUCGAGCUGCUCGACGAACCAGACGUCUUUGGCAGUCGCAGACCGCCAUCCUCGACAGCAAGCACGCCAGCCUCGGGCAAAGCUCGUCAGACCUAUGGCCAUGGCGAGACGCUCGAAUGGUUCCACAAGGCGCGCCGUGCCCUACGACGACAGCAGAGCGCGAGGCGAGCCGCGGCCUUGACAGCGGCAGGUGGCGCCGGCGACUCUCCUGCAGCAUCGUCCGCACGGCAAAACCUGCAACUGGACGGUUACACAUCCGGCGCAGGCGACUCCGACGCCGACAUCUCCAUCCGCUCCGAGGGUCCCGCUUUCGUCCGCCGAGAGCUGCGCUCUUCCGCCCGGGCUCGAGUCGAGCGCGAAAACGCCAAGGCUGUCGCAGAGGCUGAAGCCGGCGCCAUCCGAGACGCAGUCAUGGCCGACGGCACCGGCAAUAUCCCCGCCGAGCUGGCCGAGGAGAUCCGUCGCAACGGCGAGUCCGUCGCCGGCCCUGACAGCGCAGGUCAAGCUGGCGAGCCGAUAAAGGCAGCCGGCGGCGUCCAUUCCACCUCGACCAGCACCGCGCAGCUCGCGGGCAACGCGCUGGGCAUGGGCAACCCGUGCGGCAGCGUGCUCGGCUACGGCAACCAAGACGCGAUCGUCGUGAGCGGUGGCUGCGACCGCGACGUGCGUGUGUGGGAUCUGCGCACGGGCGAGUGCAAGCACGUGCUGCGCGGCCACACCUCGACGGUGCGAUGCCUCAAGGUGCUCGACGGCAAGCCCAUCGCCGUGUCGGGCUCGCGAGACUCUACGCUGCGAGUGUGGAACGUCGAGACGGGCACGCUGGUGCAUCUGCUCGCCGGCCACCAGCAUUCGGUGCGAUGCAUCGAGGUGGCGGGCAACCAAGUGGCGUCCGGCAGCUACGACGGCACGUGCCGCAUUUGGAACCUCGACACGGGCGUCUGCCAGCACGUGCUGCGCGGCCACAUCCACUACAUCUAUGCGGUCGCCUUCGACGGCAAGCGCGUCGCCACGGGAUCGCUCGACUCGACGGUGCGCGUGUGGUCGGCGAGCACAGGCGACUGCCUCGCGCUCUUCCAGGGCCACACGUCGCUGGUGGGACAGCUGCAGCUGCUCGACAAUACGCUCGUCACCGGCGGCUCGGAUGGCCGCGUGAUCGUGUUUAGCCUCAACACGUACGAGUGCCUGCAUCGGCUGUGUGCGCACGACAACUCGGUGACGUGCCUGCAGUUUGACGAGCGCUACAUCAUCACGGGCGGCAACGACGGCCGCGUCAAGCUGUGGGAUUUCAGCACGGGCAAGUUCAUCCGCGAGAUCUGCGAGCCGUGCGAGCAGGUGUGGAAGGUGAGCUACCGCGACGACAAGGUGGUGGUGCUCUGCAAACGCGGCGACAAGACGUGCAUGGAUGUCAUCACCUUCCGCCCGGCUGCCGACGAGAUGUGA